UCACCUCGCGGGGGCGGACGCGGAGGUUUCCGCGGCUGCUGCGGGAGCGACAGGAAGUGAAGCGGCCCGGCCGGGCAACCGCGGCGGCAGAAACAGAGGCGGAAGGGGCGCUGCGAUCAUGACGUCGGCGACCGGGGUGGACGAGGGGGUCGAGCACCCAGAGGACUCGCCCGCUCCGAAGCCAGAUCUCGAGCCGGGCAGGAUGGAUCAUCACCAGCCAGGAACAGGCCGCUACCAGGUGCUUCACAAUGAAGAGGAUAAUUCAGAGUCAUCUGCCGAAGAGCAACCUUCAACUUCAAACGCAGCGCCGCAGAGCGUUCAGACUGCUCCUUCAGCAUCAGUACUUGAAACGGACUCUUCUCCUCCCCCUUACAGUAGUAUUACUGUGGAAGUACCUACAACUUCAGAUACAGAAGUUUACAGUGAGUUUUACCUGCCACCUCCCUACAGUGUCGCUACCUCCCUUCCUACAUACGAUGAAGCUGAGAAAGCCAAAGCUGUUGCCAUGGAGGCCGCAGCAGCAGAGACAGCCCAGAGAAUUCGGGAGGAAGAGUGUCAACCAAGAGAUGACUUUAGUGAUGCAGACCAGCUCAGAGUGGGUAAUGAUGGGAUUUUCAUGCUGGCAUUUUUCAUGGCAUUUAUUUUCAACUGGCUUGGAUUUUGUUUAUCCUUCUGUAUCACCAAUACCAUAGCUGGAAGGUAUGGUGCCAUCUGUGGAUUUGGACUUUCGUUGAUCAAAUGGAUUCUUAUUGUUAGGUUUUCUGAUUAUUUUACUGGAUAUUUCAAUGGACAGUAUUGGCUUUGGUGGAUAUUUCUUGUACUUGGCCUGCUGCUUUUCUUCAGAGGAUUUGUUAAUUAUCUAAAAGUCAGAAACAUGUCUGAAAGUAUGGCAGCUGCUCAUAGAACAAGAUAUUUCUUCUUAUUAUAGAGAAUGCAUCGACUGGACAUUCUUUUCUUAAACCACUGUGAAAUUUCCAGAUCAUCUGUAAACCUACAACUUUAAUAGGAUAGAAGACUUCUAAAAGCAGAAGACAAAUUAGUGAAGAAAAGAUAGAUCUUCAAAAUUGAAUGGCAGGAUGGUUUAUGCUUAAAAGCCAUUUCUGUUCAUUCUCUUAAAUAUUUAAAUUUCAUUUGUUUUGCACAUUUGCAUAUGUGCCCAUGUAAAAGAUUUGCGUAUACUUGAAAGAAACUAUAAAGUUGUAGCAGUAAAGUCCAGUCAUAUUUGGUUAAUCAGUGUUUGAUAUAAUUGAAAGGGGUGAGUGAGAAACAGUCUUCCAGCGUGUAAAUGCCAUUGACUUCUGACCUGACAUUUAGUAUAAUAAAAAUGGAAUUAUUAACCAUG